ACAGCACCUUCCAUAGCUGACAAUGACCGCGAGGCUGGCAAUGUUUUGCGGCGGAUAAGUAUGCGAUUGCAGACGCACGGUGGUGCACAGAAACCUCCGCUCUGGCAUCUUCGUUGACCGAAAUGUCCCUCCCUGCUGGGCAGCACAUCCGCUUCGUCGACCCUCUCCCCUCUCCUCCAGCCAACCGUCCAAGAAGGCCAGGGCUAAAGUACCCAAGCGUCGCACAGCGCAAGGACGUGCCCGACAGGAUGACCUCUCCUGACCUCGCCUGGCCUGGGCCACGCCCUCUGUCGCGCACGAACCUGUCAAUCACACCCUUCUCCUUACCAACGCCAUCAGAGUCCUCGCCCCACAGCAUGUCCUGGGAGGAUUGCACGAUACCCGACAUCGAGAGACCGCAACGACCACCCUCGAUGAGCAUUAGCGACUCGUUACGCGGUCUGUUCAGCUUUGCGCGUGGUAAUCUCAUGUCGCUCUCGCCCUCACCCUCGAAACAUUCGCUGGACAGCUACCCCGUCGAACGGCCACGGCUCUUCCUCCGCUGCGGCUCAGCGGACAGCCGCGCAUCGUCCUCGCCGUCGUCGACCAUCUGUGAGUCGGACUCGUCGGCGGUAAUUCCCUGUCAAGCACGCCGGCGUGCGAGAUCAGGCAAACCUGGUUAG